AUGGUCCGAGAUGCAACACCGCUCUGUCCUCCGCUACACCGCCCAACACUCUACUAUGCCCAGCUACCCAUCUCUACAUCCCGCCCCACUCCACUACGCCCAGCUACCCAUCUCUACACCCCGCCACGCUCCACUACGCCCAGCUACCCAUCUCUACACCCCGCCACGCUCCACUACGCCCAGCUACCCAUCUCUACAUCCCGCCCCACUCCACUACGCCCAGCUACCCAUCUCUACAUCCCGCCCCACUCCACUACGCCGAGCUACCCAUCUCUACAUCCCGCCCCACUCCACUACGCCCAGCUACCCAUCUCUACAUCCCGCCACGCUCCACUACGCCCAGCUACCCACCUCUACAUCCCGCCACGCUCCACUACGCCGAGCUACCCAUCUCUACAUCCCGCCCCACUCCACUACGCCCAGCUACCCAUCUCUACACCCCGCCACGCUCCACUACGCCCAGCUACCCAUCUCUACACCCCGCCCCACUCCACUACGCCCAGCUACCCAUCUCUACAUCCCGCCCCACUCCACUACGCCCAGCUACCCAUCUCUACACCCCGCAACGCUCCACUACGCCGAGCUACCCAUCUAUACACCCCGCCACGCUCCACUACGCCGAGCUACCCAUCUCUACAUCCCGCUCCACUCCACUACGCCCAGCUACCCAUCUCUACAUCCCGCCCCACUCCACUACGCCGAGCUACCCAUCUCUACAUCCCGCCCAACUCCACUACGCCCAGCUACCCAUCUCUACAUCCCGCCCCACUCCACUACGCCCAGCUACCCAUCUCUACACCCCGCCACGCUCCACUACGCCGAGCUACCCAUCUCUACAUCCCGCCCCACUCCACUACGCCCAGCUACCCAUCUCUACAUCCCGCCCCACUCCACUACGCCGAGCUACCCAUCUCUACAUCCCGCCCCACUCCACUACGCCCAGCUACCCAUCUCUACAUCCCGCCCCACUCCACCACGCCCAGCUACCCAUCUCUACACCCCGCCACGCUCCACUACGCCCAGCUACCCAUCUCUACAUCCCGCCCCACUCCACUACGCCCAGCUACCCAUCUCUACAUCCCGCCCCGCUCCACUACGCCGAGCUACCCAUCUCUACAUCCCGCCCCACUCCACUACGCCCAGCUACCCAUCUCUACAUCCCGCCCCACUCCACUACGCCCAGCUACCCAUCUCUACAUCCCGCCCCACUCCACUACGCCGAGCUACCCAUCUCUACAUCCCGCCCCACUCCACUACGCCGAGCUACCCAUCUCUACACCCCGCCACGCUCCACUACGCCGAGCUACCCAUCUCUACACCCCGCCCCACUCCACUACGCCCAGCUACCCAUCUCUACACCCCGCCACGCUCCACUACGCCCAGCUACCCAUCUCUACAUCCCGCCACGCUCAACUACGCCAAGCUACCAAUGAGAUUGUGUAG